AAAAUUAAAAAUCAUCUACUAAUCAAAUUAUAACAAUUUUCUUAAAACUUCACCUAUGAACGAGACGUCACCAGAAAUCACUAAAGUGACUUCUCUUUUAAUAUAUAAUAUAUAGGGGGAUUUACAACAACAACAACAAAAAACUAGUUAUUUACUAUUUGUUUUGGUUUGGCGGGUUUUGUGAAACGGGUUUCUUGGUCGUAGUUUUGGCCGGGUUUACAGUUGGAGUUUUGGCAUGGUUUGCUAAAUCAUAGUUUUAUAUCUUUGUUAAUCAAUGUUUAUACUAUACAAUCCUCGCAAAUCUGAUUCUAGAUAUUUACUGAUCAUUAAUUUGAUAUACAGUAGUUAAUACGAUAUAACGUAAGAUCUUACAAAAACAUUAAACUAAUAAAUGUAUGCUAAUUUCUUGAUGGAAUGAUCUACACAGAGCACUGAUUAUGUGCAAGUUAAUAUACUGUAAAAUAGCAAAAGAUCUUACAUAAUAUUUAAAAUAUUCGAGAAAUAUAUCAUAGCUCUUUGUAAGGGAAUAGUUUAUAGAGAAUCAUAUGUAAUUCCAUUUCCUCACAUCACUUUCCCACAAAAAAGUUACGAGGCUCGGACUUUUGCAUAUAUAAAUACGCGUACCUGCGUAGAAGAAGACACAUACCCACAACAACAACAAAAAUCUUGAUUUGUCGUGUUUUUGAUUUCGCUCAUAAUGUCGUCCAAACUUUUAACCUUCUUCUUCGUCCUAUCUCUUGUGGCGAUCCACCAAAUCCCUGUCGUGACAUGCAGACAAUGGUGCAUGGCGAUGCCUAAUGCUUCAGAUGAGCAGUUACAAGCCAACAUUGACUACGCUUGCAGCAACGGCGUCGAUUGUACACAGAUCCAACCCGGGGGAGUAUGCUAUGAACCAAACACUCUUUAUGACCACGCGUCGUAUGUGAUGAACGCUUAUUACCAGAGUCAUGGUCGCAUUGAAGACUCUUGCAGGUUCAACCGCAGCAGUUGCUGGGUCUUUGUCGACCCAAGUUAUGGCUCAUGUGUGUACUACACUUGAAAAGCAAUAUUAACUGUUUUGAAAUUGCGUUAUUACUUGAUUGUUUUUUUUAAUUGGGAUCCAAUAGUAUGAUGCCCAAAGGUUUUUUGUUUAUGUGUUUUGCUAUCUAUUUUCUUGAAAGUUGGUUUUAUUAUAUAAAAUUUCCAUUUAAUUUGUGAACCAUUUUUAAACAAGAGAAAUGAAAUAUAACAACACGUAUAAACAACUUUCCCAUGAAAAUUAGUUCAAAAAAAAAAAAACUUUCCAAUGAAUUGAACAAACACGUAAUAUCAAUACUAUUAAAAAGGGAGGAGUCUUAGAAAAUCUACCUAACAAAGUUGUUUGGACCCUUUUAUUUAACUCAUUAUUUUUUGAUCUUACCUUAAACUUAGACUAACAAUAUGUUACCAUAUAUUUCUCUAACAAUACUUUAUUCAAUUCCUUUAUUUAUUCAAAUACCACUCCUAAAUCUUAAUCAUCACUAAUUUACUAUUAU